UGGAAUGUUGUUUACCUGCCGAUCUCCAUCAAAGAGAAAAAGAAAGAAAAAAAAAAAUCGUCAGAGAACGCGCGCGUAUAUAUGUGACCUAAAAAGUGGCAGUGAUCGGUGAGCUGGUGAAAAAUCGUUAUCGAUGCGUGGUGCAAGCGGGGACGACCAGUAGCUCGAGGGUGUUAUGCGUCCCAGGUUCCUGGGGAAGCUGACGCUAGCCGCGGCGGGCCUCCUGCUGGCCUUUUACUGUAUCUUCCUGCUCCUGGUUGGCCAAGCACCUUCCCCGGCUGGCUCCGUCCUCGAGCUCCGCAAUGCCAGUCACCUGCUCCUCGGCGCCCUGUCGCCGACCAACGGUAGCGCAGCGACCGCCGAGCCUAGCAGGCCGUCCUACGACCUCUGGUGCAUAUUUACCAAGGUGACGAGCAACACGGCCAUGCGCAGGAAGUUCCGCGUGUUUCUCGAGUCGCUCCUCCGGCACGCGACACCCUCACCCGGUGCUGGUAUUGUCUUGCACGUCAUCACGGACGACGACAGCAGGCCCGUUGCCGAGAAGGUCGUCCAGUACUGCGAGCUCGUCACUAAAAAGUCUCUGAAGGUUGUGCAAUACUACGACGUGAAAAAGUCAGCGGGGACGAUAGAGGACACGGUCUCGGUGAUGUCGCCGCACUUCAGCAGCAAGCCAGGAACUUACUACUCGGACGCCCUGUUCUUCCUUUCCCUCGGUUUGCACAGGAUAGCCCCAUCCGAGCAGGAUUUGGCGGUGAUGGUGGACGCCGACACCAAGUUCAGGGUGGACGCUAGACUUAUCUUCCAAGAGUUUGACCGUUUUGGGGAGUCUGCUCUGUUUGGACUGGCUCCGGAGCUCUCGCCUGUCUACAGACACGUUUUGUACACGUACAGGAGGAAGCAUCCGAAAACCAUGUUUGGCGAGCCGCACUACCUUGGUGGCUUUCCGGGGUACAACAGCGGCGUCAUACUCGUCCAUUUGAAGAGGCUCAGGGAAUCUCUGGAGUACGAUCAGAUUGUUGGUAGGGACAGCGUGGAACAUAUGGUUGAGAAGUAUGAAUUCAAGGGACAUCUCGGUGACCAGGACUUUUAUACGCUGUUGGGGAUGGAGAGGCCGGAAUUCAUACACACGAUAGAUUGUGGCUGGAACAGACAGUUGUGCACGUGGUGGCGGGAUCGCGGUUACGCUGACGUUUUUGCUAACUAUUCCCGCUGCGAUUCCGAGACGAAGCUCUGGCACGGCAAUCGCAAUACGCCGAUUCCGGAAGAUUAAUAUGCACGUACGUGGAGGGAAAAAGUUUACUAAUUUAAGAGGUUUUUUAUAAAAGGAUCGCUUAGCUCGAAGUAAUCCUGAAAUAUUAUAGUUCUUCCAGAAACAUCUUCAUUGUUUUAAGUAUUUUAACAAAGAAGUAGAUUUUAACCAAGAGUAUUAUUGGGAUGGGCUCCCUAGCGUGUAAAUACACCCAUAUUGUGGAUACCUCAUAUUUUUAUUCUUAAGCAUGCAGUGUCAGAAAUCGAAAAACGUAUGAGAUCUAUCAACUCCUGCGGUUUUUUUUAAUCUAAGCAAAUUCUGAGACUGCAUAUUGAAAGCUGACAUAUGUUAACUGAAAGUCUAAAAUGGCUACCCAAAGCUCUUUACUACAAAGGAUUUAGAUGGCAGUUUUUUCGUGGUUAUAAGAAAUAUUUCAAAUAAAUUUUUUAAAAACGUCAAUCACCCGUAGCUACUGGAUGGUAGAUUUUCGGUUAACUAACGUCAGAAUCUUCUUGGCGAUCUUACUGUGAUUUCGAGCGCAAUAUAUGACAUCUCUAAAUCAGAACUGAAUGUUUUUAUCAAGAUCUGAAAUUGUUAGUAUCAAUUCAAAGUAUUAUAAAUGUUUUGCGUUAAUCCUUUACUAAUAUAUUUUAGAUUGUUUGUUCUUUUCUUUUCAUAAUAAACUAGUGACAACAAUCUGGUUGAUGGCCAUAAAGAAUCUUGGAUUUUACUUGGUCUUCCGUCUGUUGGCAUUUUUA